UUACAGAACUAACCCGAGUUUGUUACCAUUACCACAACUUAUUACCGCGUAGUAACUACUUCGUAGUUCGUACACUAUUGUUUAUUGUUUGAAGGGAAAGCUCUAGGACAGUCGGAGGUACCUGAAACUGAAAUAAUGUCCAGCUCUUCACCUUUGUCUAUUUGCAAUAAAAAGUCACCACAACCCAAAACAUUAAUGUCAGCCGUCCUUGUUUGGUAGCACAUAUUCCUAUAGCUUUGUCCUCACUUCCAUGAUGAUCUUCAGUCUUGGAAAGCGCACACCAAAACCCAAACAAACUUUCCUUAAACUCUUCUUAAAACAAGAGGAAAUUGAUGUCAACGUCUCUAUGUAAAAAUGAUCGCGGGUCGGGUUGGAUCGGGCUUUGAGUUAAGCUCACGGACCGUUGGUCUGAACGGGCCCGACGCACACCAAACACAUUUCAAAUUGGGUCAAAAUUUUCAAAAUAGGGCUCAGGCCCACGGGUCAUUAGGUAGGGCCAUCGUGCCUAUGCCUAAUUUCACUAAAUUUAGCGUGUUUUGUCAAGUUCUAUGUUAAUCGGACUCUUCAUUUUACCUUAAGUACCCAUGUCGGAUCCUCGACACUCCGACAUGGAUACAGACACUCCAUCACUUCAUUUUCGACUUAAAUCAAGGAAAACUUUCACAAUUUAGUCGAGCCGGACACUUGGACACGUACCCGUGUCCAACACUAGUACUCGGGUCCAAGUAACAUAGGUCGUGUCUGAUCAAGUCGUGUCGUGCUUUUUCCAAAAAAGCGGCACAAGCCCGACCCACGACUUCGUGCUCAUAUAGAAUCCUGCUUUUUUCAUUCCCUUGCCGGGCUAGAUUGGGCCCCCCGCUGGCACAGACCACAUCCAUCUUUACCUUACCUCUAUGUAAGUAGAGUACGGAAAGUUGUAAUCUCUUAACAACCACUUUCCACUUCAUUCUUUAACUCCAUAUAACAUCAAACCUGCAGAAAUUUCUUGUAACAAAAGCCAAACAAACUCAAAAAAUGGGAGAUUCACCAAACUAUCACUUUGGCCCUCCAACACUAAACGAGCAACAAGAAACAGGCCACUACAACUUAAGCAUGCUCUACUGUGGAUUCUUCGUGGUUGCAACUGCAGGACUUAUCUUAGCAGUCUACCACUGUCUAGCUCUCAACUGGUGUGCAGACUACCCUUCUAUUACAUGGCCUCCUCGAAACAACAACGAAGCUCAAAGAAGCCAUGCUCAUCAUCAUCACCAGAAGAUUAAUGGUAGGAAACUUGUGGAGUUGGAUUCAACUCUGUUUAAGUACAAAGGACAAGGUUGUGGUGGUGGUGGUAGUGGUGGUGCUGGUGGUGGUGCUGGUGGUGAAGAGUCAGAGUGUGCAGUGUGUUUGUCUGUGUAUGAACAAGGGGAGGAUGUUAGGGAGUUGGUUAGAUGUAAGCAUUCUUUUCAUGCUUCUUGUAUUGAUAUGUGGCUUUUCUCGCAUUUUGAUUGCCCGCUUUGUCGAGCACCGGUGGGUGUUGUUCCGGGCUGUGGCGGGCCUGCCGGGUCUGAGAAUUUGGGUGCAGGUUUAUCAGAUUCAACUGUUCUUCCUGUAUAAAAAGGCUUCAUUUCUUCUUAGUUUUUUCUUCAACCAUGUUCUUCAGUUUUGAUUUUGCCCCUUCUUUUGUUUUUUGUAUAGAGAAAGUUCGAAGUAGACAAUUAUAAUUUGUGAAUUACGGAGUAGUAUUUAGUCAAUCUAAAA